UUUUGCCAACAUUUUAUCAUUUAAAAGGUGAAGCGACACGCGCCAACACGAACAUUUUCUAGAAAAGAUAGAAUUUUAAUAAAAUAAAAUGUGUGAAAAUAGCAGCUGGGAAGCUCCCUCGUGGUUAACUGACACUUAUCUGGAAGAAGUUUUACAAAAGUACCUUAAAGAUGAACAAGUGAAAAUUAUAAAUGUUGACAUUAAGCCUGCCACAGCAAAUGGAGAAAAUUAUGCCAGUGUUAUGAGCCGGAUAAAAGUGAAAUUUUCUAGUUGCAAACAAAAAUCACAAGAAUUAUCCUUUAUAAUGAAAUAUUCCUAUGAAAGUGAUCCUUAUGUAGCAAAAAUUAUGAGCGGUUAUGAUCUUUAUAAUACGGAAAUGAAAAUGUAUGAAACAAUUUUACCACAAUUAGCUAAAAUUUUAAAAGAAAUUGGAGAUACGGAUAAACUUUUUGCCGAUACCUUAAAAGUGGACUACGAAAGAUCAGCCAUUAUUUUUGAAGAUUUAACAGUGAAUAAUUAUGUUUUAGCUGAUCGUUUGACGGGUAUGGAUGAGGUGCAUGCUCGUUUGACUUUGAAAAAGUUGGCAAAAUUUCAUGCUGCAGGCCUAAUACUAAAUCAAAGACUUAAUGGUGAAUUAGAGAGAUUCCAACGUGGUAUUUUCAAUAGACACACCCGGGCAUUCGGUUGUAUGUUUGAAUAUAUGACAGAAAAUUGUGCAAAAUUUGCUGAAACAUGUCCCGAAUUGGGUGCUUAUUAUCAUGACAAACUAAUGAAUUUAAAACCCUAUGUAGUGGAAUAUGGUACUAGAGCUUACCAUAGUAAUACGAAUAAUUUUUAUACACUAACUCAUGGUGAUUUGUGGAUUAACAAUAUGAUGAUGCAAUAUGAUGGAGAGAAACAUUUAAAAGAUGUUUUACUAAUAGACUUUCAGUUGUGCAAUUGGUCUUCACCGGCUGUGGAUUUGCAUUAUUUCCUUAAUACUUCUUUGGAACCUAAACUACAGCUGGAUAUACAUGCUCAUGAUAAACUGAUACAGUAUUAUCAUACUAUUUUAACGAAAACUUUAAAAAAUCUAAAAUAUAUGGGCUAUGUUCCUACUUUACAUGCAUUUCAUAUACAAAUGGAAGAAGGAAAAUUUUUAGCUGUUACUGCCACCUUAGCUAGUCAAGCUAUAAUGAUAAACGAUCAGUGUGCUGAUGCAGACUUUCACAGUUUAGUAGACGACGAUGAGAGAAGUAGAAAUUUCCGUGCAAGUGCCUAUAAAAAUAAACGUCUGCAGAAUAUCAUUAAAACUAUACUACCACAUUUUGAUCGUCAUGGCUUAUUAGAUGUACAAAAAUAGAUAAUGUAGAAAAUAAAUAUAAAUAAUAUUUAAGAUUAACAUUAUGAAAA